UAUUAAAAAACCUUUGUACAGUCACCAUCACCAGUAUAUGCUACCAAGCAUACAUUUAUAAAUCCCUUAGGAGUCUAUGUUUAAAUUGUUGCCAAAAUGUCGACCCAGCAACCCACCCCAACCCCAACCUCAACUGCAACUGUCAAGCAAGGCAGAGGAAUCGUGAAAAUGGUUCUAUCUGGCGAUGCUAUAAUUGUACGUGGCCAACCCAAAGGAGGUCCGCCACCAGAGAAACAAAUCAACCUUUCCAACAUCGUUGCUCCUCGUAUGGGUAGAAGAGCAAACAUGAACGUGCCGGAUUCAGUGGACACCAAUGAUGAACCCUUUGCUUGGCAUUCACGAGAGAACUUGCGUAAGAAAUGCAUCGGAAAAGAGAUUUAUUUUUCCAUCGAUUACGCCCCUAACAAUGAUAGAUGCUACGGUACUGUCUACCUUGGUACUGAUGCCAACGGGGAGAAUUUGAACUUGAUGCAGAUUAAAGAUGGGAUGGCUGAAGUCAGGAAAGUUAAUGUAAGAGCCGACAAUACCGAGCAUGCCUCCCUCCUAGAGGCAGAGGAUCAAGCCAAAGCAUCUGGGAUUGGUAAGUGGGUUGAACCUCGUCCCGAUGAUGCGGUUCGUAACAUCUCGUGGACAAUCGAUAACGGACGGAACUUCGUGGAUUCUUAUCGUGGUGAACCAAUACCAGUUGUCAUUGAACAUGUAAGAGACGGUUGUACAAUGCGAGCCUCGCUACCAACCCACCACCAGAUCACCUUCAUAUUAAGUGGAAUCAAGACCCCGAUGAUCAAACGCGAUCCCGAUGACCCAAAGAAGGAGAUUGCUGAUCCUUACGCAGCAGAGGCGAAGUUCUUCGUUGAGUCUCGUCUUCUACAACGAGAUGUUAAGAUUAUAUUGGAAGGAGUUUCCAACCAGAAUAUUCUCCUUGCAACCGUUCUUCACCCUAAUGGAAACAUCACCGAGAUAUUGCUACGUGAGGGGUUCGCGAGGUGUGUGGAUUGGAGUAUUGCUUCGUACUCACAAGGGGCUGAGAAACUUAGGGCGAUGGAAAAGCAAGCAAAGGAACGCAAGUCUCGUAUUUGGAAAGAUUAUGUUGCUAAGGUUCAAGAAACAAUAACAGGGGAGCGCGAGUUCACGGGCAAAGUUAUCCAGGUUGUAAAUGCCGAUGCCAUCGCUGUGAAGACAGCUAAUGGUGAUGUGAGGACCAUUCAUCUUGCAAGUGUGAGGCCCCCAAGAUUUGAUGACGUGGUACACACCAAGGGUAAAGACGCGCCCCCCGAGGCCCCCAAAGGAAAGAGUCGACCGUUAUACGACGUCCCCUACAUGUUUGAAGCAAGAGAAUUUAUGAGAAAGAAACUUAUCGGGAAAAAGGUAACAGUCACCAUCGACUACAUCAAGCCAUCUAGUGCUGCAACCGAUACUUUGGGAGCAUUUCCUGAACGUACGUGCGCUACUGUGAGGUCUGGUGGAAUCAAUAUUGCUGAAGCUUUGGUAAGCAAGGGGUUGGUGAAAGUUGUUCGGCACCGACAAGAUGAUGAUGCGAGGUCUUCACGUUAUGAUGAUUUGCUGGCUGCUGAACAAAGAGCUGUUAAAACAUGCAAGGGAGUGAACAGUAAGAAGGAACCUCCCAUACACAGAGUAGCAGAUGUAUCAGGAGAUGUGGCAAAAGCAAAGCAGUUUCUGCCAUUCCUGCAACGAGCUGGAAAAUCGGAAGCGGUUGUGGAAUACGUGUUUGGGGGUUCUCGACUCAAGUUAUUCCUUCCUAAAGAAACUUGUUUGAUCACUUUCUUGCUUGCUGGUAUUGAUUGUCCUCGUGGUGCAAGGAACGGAGCACAGGGGGUGAUGGAAGCCGACGCUUAUUCAGAUGAAGCUCUUGCGCUUACUAAGGAGAACUGCAUGCAUAGAGAGGUAUCGGUGGAAGUUGAAACAAUAGACAGAGCUGGCAACUUCAUCGGCUGGUUGUUUGUUGAAGGCGUCAAUAUGUCACAACUACUGCUGGAGAACGGGCUGUCAAAGAUUCACUUCACUGCAGAGAGGAGCAACUUUUACAGGUCCCUUCAAGCUGCUGAAGAAAAAGCGAAGACGCAGAAAAUAAACAUAUGGUCAGGCUACGUUGAACCGGUGGCUCAGGUCAAGACAGAAGAACCCACAGAACGCAAGACGAACUACAGAAGUGUGUAUGUGACAGAGGUCACCCCACAACUACAUUUGUUCUGUCAGUUUAGCGACGCUGGUUCGAAGCUGGACACACUUAUGGAGAAGAUGCGCGGUUGCCUGAUAGCCGACCCCCCAUUACCGGGAAGCCAUCAACCACGAAGAGGGGAGUUCUGUGUGGCCCGUUUCACUGAGGAUGACAUGUGGUACAGAGCUAGGGUGGAAAAAGUGGAAAAAGAUAAACUUCACGUUCAUUAUAUUGAUUUUGGCAACAAAGAGAUCAUCCCUUCCAACCGAGUGGCUUCCCUCCCCGGCGAGUACAACACGGGUGCUUUACUCCCUCAAGCUCACGAGUAUUCUCUUGCUCUUGUCAACCCGCCAGAGGAUCCGGAUUCGCUUGCCGACGCCUUCCGUGCUUUGUGUGGUAUGGUUGGGAACGUUCAGUUCAAAGUCAACGUUGAGUACAAAGAUGGCGUCGACUUCGUAACUUUACUUAACCAAGACGAAACCUUAAAUGUGGGCAAGGCGUUGAUCGGAGAUGGUUUCUGUACUGUAGCCAAACGUGGGGAGAAAAGACUCCAAAAGAUGAUGAGCGAGUUCUACGCUGAACAGAAUAAUGCAAAGAAACAACACUUGAACCUUUGGCGUUAUGGAGAUAUAUCCGAAGACGACGCGUCCGAGUUCGGGUAUUCGAAGAAGUAGAUAAGACUUCUAACAAGUGGAUGUUUAAAUUGUGCAUAUUGGUGACGUCUCGUGUUCUACAGCAGUUCAAACCGUCCGCUUUGCAAUCCUAAAUGUGCGGAUAUAUAUUUCGUAGUUUAAUGUGAUAAUUGUGACCGAUUAAUCAAAUAAAUGGUGAUGAGGUUUAACUUGAAAA